ACUAAAAUUCUGACCUAUAAGAAAAAUUUUUAGCUAUAACCACAAUUAUUAGGAUUAUUUGCUGAGCAUUGACAUCGCUAUACCUAGCAAACUAACGUAAGAAAAUCUACUGAAAAUAAAAGAUCGCAUUAAUCGUUAUUAGAGUAUCGCUUUGACAAAAGUUGGUAAGAAUCGUUUUGAUUGUGUUUCCUUUGAUCGAAAGGUUCAGCAGUAAAACAGUGUACUUAAGCACAUUUUUCAUAAAUAUACAGAAUCCUUACUCGUACAACAAACAUAAUUUGAAAGUAUACAGAUUUUUGUAUCAAAAGCUAACACCCACGAUCUCUCCAAAUUAAAGAUAUUUUUUCUUGUACCGCUCUGCCUACGAGCCACCCAUUCCUUCCAUCGUUCCAAUCAAAAUACAGCAAUCUACAACAUAGAUUCCAUCGCACUACGGAAGCCGCCACGAAAAUAUUAAGUCGUCCCAUAAGUUCCGCCUUGUUCUGUUGAACCUAUGGAAUGACCUAAUACUAUUAAAAACGAAGGUGGAGUCGUAAGUUGGCACGUGUCAGAGAUUAAAGCGCAACAAGAGGCUCUACCCUUAAGUCGGCUGAAAAAGCGACGAGAUUACGAGGAACCGUCGCUUCUGUCUAUCCGAUAGCGUAGGUCGAGUCUCGCUGAUGAUGAACCACGCUCGUCCCUCGCGUAAAUCCUUGGUAGCUCUUCGGGAUGCAUGUGGGUGCCACGAACAGACGAUCCGACCUUUGUAUGUGUGACCGCGUUUCCUUGUGUGUACGCCAAUGCGAGGGAGUUCUCGAAGGCGGUCUUUAGUCGGUCUUUAGUUUCGAGUAAGCAUCCGUCGAAGAUAGAGGACCCUCCUCGAUUUAUCCUAGCGACGGGUUUCCUCUUCCGGCUUAACUCUUUGGUCUCUCGAUCCUUGUCUCUCGAUCCUUGCCAUUCGGACCGCGUUUCUCUCUUUACCCUUGCUUGGACCCUCCUAUCGAUCUCCUCUAAUUGCUACUCACGCGAUCAAAAUUUAUUCAUGCCACUAUACGACUUAAUUGCCAAUUCUCUGGCAACGUUAGAGCUUCGAUAAAUUUUGUACGAGAAUCGUAUCGUACAGUGGGUUUCUUCGAUCGUUUGGAAAAAGGAAGAGCGUUUGUGUUACAAUUGGUUGGUUGCUUCGAAAUAUCAAAUUAAAUUGGAAAUUGAAAACAAGUUAUCUAAUUAGUGGGAUACAUAGAUACACAAAGGAGCUGUUUGUUCGUGCUUUGAUUUUUGAAGGAACGAACUCAUGAAAAUUCUAGCACACGUGCGGUCCAAUCAGUGCGAUGAACGCUUGAAAAGCAAAAUUGUGUUACGUACGGUUUUGUGACUGUUCUUUUUACGAUGUGAACAAAUUACCAUCGUGUAUCUUUGUUUUGCUCUUGUUGAGUAGAAUUUUUAAUGGCUGGUUUGAUGAUCAGAAACUUAGAGUUUGACGAUGGAUCAUGAGAAAACGCGAACGUUAAAGUGCCGACGGUAAUUAACGAAGGAGUGGAAGUUUUAUUAGUGCGAAACGAGAAUUUUCUUUUGAAAAGCAGGGGUGGUUUCCUGCCAUUUUGGUUCCUUCACCCGCGAUGGAGCGGCGAAGAAUGCCAAGAAGAAGAGGCCUUUCCUCUGCGGAAAUUCGAGCCGAACUAUCAGCAACCACCGAGUCCACACAACAAUCGGAAGUAAUACUGCCUAUCAACGGGAAUGCCGUGAUCACGGGAUGCAAAGACCGGCCCCAAAUUUGUGGAAAGGAAGCAGCUUGUCGUAGCUUCACAGACAAUACGUCGAAGUGCGUUUGUCCUCACGACUUGUCACCACCUACGACGGACUUAAAGUGUCCAAAUCGCUUAAUAGUUCCCCUAACACCUCGACCUAUACCCAAUAUAAUACCCCCAAAUGGUAAUUCUACCAACAGCACGACCGCACUUCCGGAAGCUGAACAGUAUUUUCAUACUGUUCAACAGGUAGAGCGAGCGAGACAAAGGGUACCUGAAAUAGUAGGAAUCGCCAUAGCUUUCAUCGCGGUAUUAGCAAUAUUGUUGAGUAUAGUCUAUUGCGUGAGGAAACGGAGUUAUAACGUGAAGUCACAGAGGAAUUCCCUGGAUGGAACACCGAUGAAUCUGAAAAAGGGAUUGCUGCUAGCGAAUAAGUACACACCUAAUCCACAGUAUUUCAGUUGCGCCUCGCCAGAAGUGCCGAUUCUGCAACGUGAAUCUCUUGUAUUUUUAGAAGAUAUCGGCGAGGGUUGUUUUGGCAAAGUGUAUAAAGGAGAAUCAUGUGUCGGAGACUCGAAAGAGAUCGUUGCGAUAAAAGUUUUAAAAGAAAGUGCCUCCCGCGAAGCGGAGGAAGAUUUCAUGCGAGAAGUCGACAUUAUGUCCACGUUUGGACACAGAAAUAUUUUAUCACUGAAAGGUGUAGUACUUCGGGAAGGUAAUAACAGCCCGUGGAUGGUUUUCGAAUACAUGCCUUACGGAGAUUUAGCUGAAGUUUUGCGAUCGAAUUCUCGACAAUUUAGUAGGUCGACGAAACCCGGCCUGCAACCCUUAACUCAGGAGUCUUUACAUUGGAUAACGAUUCAAAUUGCAGCUGGUAUGACUUAUUUAUCCGGUCAAAGAUUCGUCCAUCGAGAUUUAGCGUGCAGAAACUGUCUGGUUGGUUCUGAUCUCGUUGUUAAGAUAGCAGAUUUUGGAAUGUCCCGGGAUGUGUAUACUUGUGAUUACUAUAAGAUAGGAGGCUCCAGACUUCUACCGGUUCGCUGGAUGUCACCAGAAAGCGUAAUGUACGGACGUUUCACGCUGGAAAGUGACGUAUGGAGUUUUGGAGUGGUUCUAUGGGAAGUCUACUCUUUUGGCAAGCAGCCAUAUUAUGGACAUAAUAACGAAGAAGUGGUGAAGUUAAUUUUCCAAGGAAUAAUGCUUAUACCUCCGGAAGGAUGUCCGCCAUUCGUUUGCCAGCUAAUGCGAGAAUGCUGGAAAACGGAUCCUAAGGACAGAAUCAAAUUUUCGGAGAUAUUAGAAAAACUGGAGAAAGCUAAAGGUAAAUCCAUUCAACAAGACACAUUGCCGAGGCCACCUCAAGGGCCGGUCACUAUUCGUACGCCAGACGUGUUGGAUCCUGAUGGCUAUUUAUUGCCAGCACCGACUAAACCACACGAAUAUUUACAAACUUUACCAGCUUUGUCUGAUUGACAAGAGAUUUAACAAAGUACUUCGACACGCGAUAAUUUAUAAAUUUCAAUCAAAAAUGAAAACUGAAAAAGAAUGUCUGAAGCUCAUUGUAAUACUCUUGAAAGCCAUCGCUUAUUUUCUAACUGUUCCUAUUGCAGUUUCAGAAACUUGAUUCCUUUUAUUCAAUCGUACAAAAAAAGAUAAUUCUACAAGUUUUUAACACUAAUAUUCUUUAAACUUUGUAUAAAUACCAUACCAGUAAAAACAUCGGUAAGCGUGAUUAGUUAAAAUGUGAUCCUUCAGUCCGAAACAAUUCACUCUGAUAAAAACUAAGAUAAAAAUAAUAAGAGGAAGAUGCAUUCAUUGCUGAACAAUUUGAUGUACAUAUCUCUAAUACUCUUUUAGGUAGAUAUGUAUAGUUUUCUGAGACGACAUGCAAGAAUUUGAAUUUGAAUUUGAAUUUGCAAGAAAUAGUCUUUUACGUUUAUUUGUUAUUUUUAUGAAUAUGAACCAUGGCCCUUUGUAUUAACUUUUCCCUUUCGAUAUUUGUCUUUUGUAGCGUCCGGAUUGAAAGACUGAUGUAAAUCGAUUUUGAGAAUACUACUAAAUACAUUUCUCUUUACCUUGAUAGAUGAGAUCGAUAAAUAUUCGUUUCAAUAAAAAUUGUUAAAAACGAAAAUGAUAAGAUACGAAGAAAAUGAUCACUUACGAUGUUAUUUAAUUUUUCGUACCUUUUAUACCUAUACUUUUUUAUUGUAUGUAAUCAAGAAAUACCAAUGAUAUCAGGGAAAUUGUGAAAGUUCGAUAUGCCGAACCUUCAUUGUCCAGGAAAUAGUAUUAAUAUUUUGUAAUGUUAGGGAACUGUAACAUACUUUUAAUAAUUUAUUAUUAAUUACGAUUACGAUAAUUAUUUACGCGCUCGUAUAUCUAAUUUCUUUUCUAACCUCACAUCCCAUCUACAUAUUUGAUAAUUUUGCGUUGCGAUUUGUAUAAAAUGUUGUAGUAUCGUGUAAAGAGACACGAAUAAGAGACAUUUUAAAUAUAUUGUUGUUUUUAGUGUACGAAUCAUUGUAUUAAAUCAUAAUGUUUUUAUUAAA